AUGGCUUCCAACAAGGAUACCUCCUCUCUCGACGCCGGUAAAGGCUCCGUUGGUCACGAGUUCACCGAGAAAGGCUCUGUCGGUGGCACUGCGCAACAGGUCGGCGGACCAUUUGACAAGGAGGGCGCGAUUGGCAAACAAUUCAAGCCUGAAGGCAGUGUUGGCGGUACCGCGCAGUCUGCGGCAGAGCAGAUGCAGGGUGAUAAACCGGGUCUGUUUGACAAGGACGGAGCCAUCGGCAAGCAAUUUAGACCUGAAGGCAAUAUCGGCCAAGUCGGUGAAGCAGUUGGCGGUCCUUUCUCCAGCAAAGGAGCGAUUGGCAAGCACUUCAACGCGGAUGGUAGUGUUGGUGGAGCUGUGCAGGAGAACUUGGGGGAUGGCAAGAAGAAAUAA